CUUCUGGUCACCAUGUGAGGUGGACUUACUUUUCCUUGAGUCAUUUGGAAGGACUGUGAAGUCAAAAGUUUUUAAGACUCUCAGGCUUACUGAGGUUCUGGAUUCCAAGGCAACAUUUCUUUGAAGAAACAAGCUUACAGCUACUUUCCAAGCUUUUGAGUGUUAAUUACCUCUUCUUGCUGUUGGCAUCUGUACUUGGGAGUAUGAAGCAGCUCUGCCCGAUGGCGCUCCUCUUCGUGUACGGCACCCUGAAGCGGGGCCAGCCCAACCACCGGGUCCUGCGGGACGGCGCCCACGGCUCCGCAACCUUCCGGGCGCGUGGCUGCACGCUGGAGCCCUACCCGCUGGUGAUCGCUGGGGAGCACAACAUCCCAUGGCUGCUGCACCUGCCCGGCUCCGGACGCCGCGUGGAAGGCGAGGUCUACAUGGUGGACGAACGGAUGCUGCGCUUCCUGGACGACUUCGAGAGCUGCCCGACCCUGUACCAGCGCACGGCGCUGCGGGUGCAGUUGCUGGAGGACCGGGCCCCAGGCACUGAGGAGCCGCCGACGCCCGCCGAGGCGCAGUGCUUCGUGUACAGCACGGCUACCUUCCCGCCGGAGUGGGCCCAGCUCCCCCACCACGACAGCUACGACUCUGAGGGGCCGCACGGGCUGCGCUACAAUCCCCGGGAGAACAGAUGAGCAGGGUGGGCCUAGUCCUGAGUGCCCCGGGGCUCCGAGAUGCUCCCAACUCAGCCCAUGCUGGGUGAAGGCGGAGGCAGAACAGAGCCCUUUCCAAGGAAUCCAUGGGAAAAGGAACCAAUAUUUCAAUGGCAUCUGAUUUUACAAAUAAUGUUGACAUAUAAGUAGCAAGCUGGUUCCCUCCCAUCUUUCUACCUGAUAAGAAAAAUGUAGGAUUUUAAUUCCCCUAAAUGGCAUUUGGAGAGUUUGUGUGAUCAUGCCCAAUUCUUCCUACUCUCUGCUUCCUCCUUGUCCUGUUGUUUUUGUUUGCUCCGCUUUGAGCUCAAGACAACAUUUGGGAUCAAUGUGAAAGACUUGGUGUUGCAGCUAGAUUUCAGCAGCGCUGCUAGACUGAUCGUGGCCUGUAGCCCCUGAGAGAGCUGAUUUUAGACGGCUGGGUCAAAUUUGUAAAGAAGGUCCACAGGGCAAGCAUGCCAUGUAUCAGAGUGUGUACAGCACCAUUCUUUAUAUGUAUUUUUUUAUAUCAAGCUUCACAAUAUUAAAGGUUAUUUAAAAUUGAAGUCAAUGUUUCAGGAAAUCAAACAUAAAAGUGUUAGUGCUGUGUCUGACCCCCACUUUUUUUUGUAUACUUAUUUGAUGGAAGGUUCUUUACAUUCUGGUCCAAAAAAAUAAUGAACACCCACUUGCUGGGAGACACAGCUGAGCACCCGGACUCAAGAAGUUUAUCUGAGCCCAGAUCUCAGCAGCCCCAUCCCUGCCCCCUGAAGGGAGAGCAUUUGGGGCUGGUCCUUUCAGAGAAGAGCCAACGAAUUAGUAAUUUGUUCUUCAGGCCUGACAGAAGCUUAGCUUCCAAAUACAAACAGCACUUAAAAUAAUUUUAGCAAAGCACGAAGGACCAAUUACUGCCCACCUCCAUCUGAUAAUUGUCAGCAUCGACUCAACUCGGUGCGCAGCUCUUUGCUUCUGCUUCGCAGCAAAUUCUGAAACGUAUUCCAAGAAUUUCAGAACCAAAUGAAAAUGCAGGUGCUGUGAUCCUCAGUAACCUCGUUCUCUGUUGGGAGAGCUCACUUACUCUUCAACUUAAUGGUAGACUGUGAUCGCGAACUGCAUCUGGUACAAAAACAUGAUCAUUAUUUUUAGCUUCUUUUGCUUAGUUAAUUGGAAACUUGCUUCACAAAAAACCAUACAAAGGCUGGGAUGGGUCUCAGCUGAUCAGCUUGUGGCAGCCCCAUCCUUGACGGGGUGGAUGAGGCCCCCCCAAGCACCCUGUGACUGCCCUCCUUGUGCAAUGGGGAAGGGACCAGGCAGCAUGCUCACCCUCACAACAGUGCAGACAGCACCCUAGGCUGCCAGGAAGCCUCAAGGUGACUGCCAUAGGGGUCAGCCAUCAGCACCACACCCACAUGGAGAGCCACAGCAGGAAGGGGAUUGCCUAAACCUGCAUCUGCAUUCCUCAGCACCAGGAGUGAGGGCCUUACUUCCAGAAGAAGGCAGGCAGUGAGAUGAAAAAAGUCAAGUGCUAAUAAAGCCAGGCAGAGAAAUGACAUGUAUAGCAAACUUCCAAAAGGAUCACAAAGAAAUGCUGGUGGUCCACCGGCAGAGCCUGUCACCUAAGUAUACAUUGUCUUCAUUCAAAAAAAAGGGCACACUAAUAUUUAGACAAACGCUGUUUUAUUGAUUUCAGUUUGACACUAGGAAAUCUCACAGGAGAAGUACAAAUCAUACGUACAGCAUUUACAUGAAUGAAAAUUUCCAUUGGUGAUUUUUUUUGGCAGAAUAUUGGUCUCGAUUCUGUGUAAUAUGACGAUGUAAAACGUAGCUGCAUGGGGGUGUUCUGUAAAAUGCUUGAAUCAAUUGUGUGAAAGCAUCACGCAAAUGGCGAAUUAAAUUGGCUGAUGACUGAAAGGUUAUAAAUCAUUCACUCCAGUUCCACGAGCAGAUCCCCUUCUCCAACUGUGUCUCCAGCUCGACAGUGUACAGAUUUUACCUUGAAUUGUUAAAAAUGCAGAGGGAGGGGAGAGUAAGAAUUAGUAACCAGAACCAGGAGGCGGUAGGCUCCUAAUCCACUUUUAGAAAUGCACAGUCCUGCAGGCCCAGCAGCCCAGGCACGAGCCACCCCACUGGAGCCGGUCAGAGGGACCCUGGUGAAUGGGGAGGUGCCCUGGUGGCUCUGCCACACCCUCCCCUUUCUCGCCUCCUCUGUCCUCAGCACCCUCACAGUGGCCGGCCUGAGGGCUGCGCUCUGGCCCUUCACCAUGGGCGCACUCAGGUUGAGGUGGGCUCUUCACUGCCAGGUGACUUCGAACCCCCAGCCUCCCUCUCUUUCUAUGCUUUUAGGUUGUGGAAAUGUUCUCUGCGAAUUAAUGGAAUAUUUGGUGUAAAAGAAAAAGAAUAAAACAUUCGACAGUCAGACCAGCUGCUGAGUAAGAGGAGCACUUCCCUAGCCUGAGCGCACCUUCCUU